GUGCGCCGCCCUUCGUCCCCAUAAAAUUACCCUGUUUUCUUCGCGUCCCACCACAGCUCAAUUCUGUUUCUCUUCUUUUUUGCUUUCCUUGCAAUUUCCGGGUUGGUUUUAACGGGAGGAUGAGUGGACAGAAAACAUAAAUAUUGGAUAAACUGUUCAAGAAUACUGUGUAAGUCUGUUUUCCUCGCGUCUCUCCAGCAGGACGGCUCUGUUUCUCUGUUUUCUCGAACUUUCUGGGUUGAUAUCCUCUGAAAAGGAAAAAGAAUGGUGAAACCUCACUUGAGUUUCGGGCUUUCUUUUCUAUGUCGUAUCCUUUUGAUUCUUUCCAUGGUCUUGUUGGCCAAGUCUCAGGACGCAACGGUUAUGACCAUUCUCAAGAACUCGAUCAAGGGAUCGAGUUCACUCCAAUGGUCCGACCCGGAUGUCUGCAAAUGGUCUCACGUUCAAUGCAAUUCUGGGAAACGGGUCACGGCAAUUCAGAUUGGGAACUUGAACCUGCAAGGGUCAUUGCCAAAAGAACUCUCCCAGCUCACAGAAUUACAGCGUUUCGAGUGCCAAUCAAACAGUCUUUCAGGGGCAUUUCCGUCAUUAGCCAGUUCCCUGCAACACCUUUACAUUUCAGACAACGGCUUCACCUCUAUGCCUUCAGAUUUCUUCAAGGGCAUGUCGACGUUACAAGAAGUAAGAAUCGACAAUAACCCUUUUCCUCCGUGGCAAAUUCCAGACAUACUCAAGGAGUGCGUAGCAUUACAAACAUUAUCGGCGCAAAAUGUUUCUUUUUUCGGAGAAAUUCCAGAUUUUUUCGGCAAAGAUGGUCCAUUCCCAGGUUUGACUAAAUUGUCCCUGUGUUUCAAUCAACUCGUAGGUGGGUUACCUUCGAGCUUCUCAGGUAGUUCGAUAGAGCUACUGUGGGUGAAUGGACAAAAGAGUACUUCUAAACUUAAUGGCACGCUUGCGGUGUUACAGAACAUGACUUCAUUGAAGCAGAUUUGGGUUCAUGGUAAUUCCUUCACUGGUCCUAUCCCAGACCUGUCGCACCAUGAUCAAUUGUGGGAUGUGAGUUUGAGGGAUAACCAGUUAACUGGUGUUGUUCCGUCGUCUCUUAUGUCUCUUCCUAGCUUGCAAGUCGUGAAUUUAACUAAUAAUUAUCUUCAAGGACCGAUGCCUGCGUUUAAAUCAGGAGUACGUGCCGAUAUGCAGGGAAUAAAUCAGUUUUGCACGACCAAGCCUGGUCAGCCAUGUAGUUCUUUGGUGAAUGCUUUAUUAUCUGUGGUUGAACCGUUGGGUUAUCCCUUGAAGUUUGCUCAAAAUUGGAAGGGCAAUGAUCCUUGUGCUGGUAACUGGAUAGGGAUCGUUUGCGCAGGUAGAAAUAUUACGGUUGUGAAUUUUCAGAGCAUGGGCCUUUCUGGGACUAUUUCUCCUAAUUUUUCCAGCCUCACAUCUGUAAAAAGGUUGCUUCUUGCUAACAAUAAUCUCACUGGCACUAUACCUCGGGAGCUUACAAGCAUGCCUCUUUUGCAAGAGCUGGAUAUCUCGAAUAAUCAUAUAUAUGGUCAGGUGCCAAAAUUUCGGGAAGAUGUGAUUCUUAAAUCAGGUGGGAAUCCGGAUAUUGGAAAGGAUAGGCCCACUCCUGCGGGACCCGACUCGGAUAAUACUGCAGGUAAUGGUAAGAAACAUCAUUCAACAGUCAUUAUUAUCAUUGUUGUGGUGGGGCUUGUUGUUUUACUUGGUGUGGUAGUUGGGGGACUCGUUUGGUUCAAUAGAAAAAGGAAGCGUUCAAGCAAAACACAAGGCCAGAAUGGCGUAGUGAUACAUCCUCGGCAUUCUGGAGACAGAAAUCACUUGAAAAUCAGUGUUGUUGGUGCUGGAACCGGCGCUAAUGGAGGAGGAACUGAUGGACGGAUUACCAGUACUAGUAAUGCAGCUGGUGAUAUUCAUGCCGUUGAAGCUGGUGGUAUGGUAAUUUCAAUUCAAGUUUUAAGAGAAGCUACCAACAACUUCAGUAGAGAGAACAUACUGGGGAAGGGCGGUUUUGGCACCGUGUACAAAGGAGAAUUGCAUGAUGGGACAAAGAUUGCGGUGAAAAGAAUGGAAUCUGGAGUUGAGGGUGAGAAGGGGCUGAGUGAAUUCAAAGCUGAAAUCACUGUACUCACUAAAGUUCGUCAUAAGCAUUUGGUUGCUCUCAUGGGGUAUUGCUUGGAUGGAAAUGAGAGGCUUCUUGUGUAUGAGUACAUGCCUCAAGGAACCCUGAGCAGGCAUUUGUUCAACUGGAAAGAUGAAGGGUUAAAGCCACUGGAAUGGACAAGAAGACUUAUCAUUGCCUUGGAUGUUGCUAGAGGAGUUGAAUAUCUUCAUGGUUUGGCCCAACAAACUUUCAUUCACAGGGAUCUUAAACCAUCAAACAUCCUGCUUGGUGAUGAUAUGCGAGCUAAAGUGUCUGAUUUUGGAUUGGUUCGUCUUGCUCCAGAAGGAAAAGCCUCAUUUGAGACCAGACUUGCUGGAACUUUUGGCUAUUUGGCACCAGAAUAUGCAGUAACUGGACGAGUGACGACGAAGGUUGAUGUAUAUAGUUUCGGAGUGAUUCUUAUGGAGAUGAUAACUGGUCGGAAAGCACUCGAUGACAGCCAAUCUGAGGAGAAUGUCCACCUUGUGACAUGGUUUCGAAGAAUGAUGCUGGCGAAGGACACAUUCCGAAAGGCCAUUGAUCCAGAAAUAGAUGUGAAUGAAGAAACUCUACCCAGUAUCAACACUGUUGCGGAGCUGGCCGGCCAUUGCUGCGCAAGGGAGCCCCACCAGAGGCCGGACAUGGGCCAUGCCGUGAACAUGCUGGCGCCUCUCGUGGAGGUCUGGAAGCCUGCAGAAUCAAGUUCUGAUGACAUUGGUGGGAUUGACCUUGACAUGGACCUACCACAAGCUCUUAAAAAAUGGCAGGCGUUUGAAGGAAUGAGCUCCACCACCAUGCCCAUGGAUGCUACUUCUUCAUCCGUGGUUUCCAGUGCAGAUAGUACUCAGUCUAGCAUACCCCCAAGGCCAUUUGGACUUGGAGCUUCUUUCACUUCCUCAGAUGGAAGAUGAAGUUGGAUAGGCAUUUCAUGGCGGGUGUAUUACUCUUCAACCCAAAACUAGCCUCAAGCCUAUAUUAGUUUUAUGUUUUCUAGGAGCAACAAAAAAUAGUACUUUCUGCUACAGGUUUUGGCAUGCAAGCAAUUUAGAGAUGAUGUAAAAAGAUUUUAUCUUUAGUGGUUUUCAUAUGGGUUUGAAUCA